GCAUAGUGCUGUUGCUGUUGCGACCUGCACCCCCAGCCACGAGAUCCCACGGCAGCAGCCCACUAUGCCAGACACAGACGCGGCUCUGCCGAGGCGACGCCAGAACGUUGCAUGUGCAACUUGCAAGCUACGACGCGUAAAGUGCGACCUGUCCGCUCUCCUCCAAUCCCACACCUCCUCCCCUUCGGACCCAGGCCCGUCUUUUGGCACGAGCGCAUCUGCUCCAGAACCGUCCUUGGCCGACCUCAUACGCCGAAACCCAGAAAUCCACUGUACAAAUUGUACAGAUAGAGACAUCAUCUGCAACAAAGACGGGAUACUCAAUCCCUCGAGGACAAAGCAAAAGGGAAAGAGAAUCACAGAGGCGAAACGUCGAUAUGGAGUGAACGAGCAGGGUGGUACAGCGAUUGCAGCCCCGACUUGCUCUGCCUCGUCUGGCACGUCGCGCACCAGCCACUCGCCUGUCGCUCCCGAGCCAGAUUUCAGCCCCUUUGAUGGCUCGCGGCCAGAUCCAUACCUCGCCCAGGCGACUCGAGAGGACCUUGAACUGCCUUCCCUAGACUAUGAUUUCUCCCCUUCGACACUACCUUCGAGCUUCAUGCCCAAGCCCCUGUGUCCGCCUCCACGCCCUCCUCCAACUCAAGUAGAGUUUAGUGGGCAGUAUUUCAAUGCUAUCACUGUACCUCGAAACUCGGAGGCGGCGUCGAUAUGGUGGCAGUUUGCCAAUCAGCCACAAGAGACCAUGGCGCAUAUCACCAGAACAGGCAAGACGCCCCAGGCAUCACCUGCUGUCGAAUCUGCCACCAGCUUGUGGGAUUCAACUACAUUGGGAGGACAGGUUAUGGAUCACGUGGGAUCAUUCGCAAGUGCUCCCUCGCUGACCCCCCUGGAAGCCAUCGCCCUCGACCGGUCAGCCUUCGAACGGUCUCGCGAGGCUUCUUCUGUCAACCUCGAUCCCUUUGUCACCACCAGCCUUCAGCGAAAAAGAUCCCGCGAGCCCUCAUCGAGCCCGACCACUAGCAGGAAAACGUUGGCCCAAGCGCACGACCCAUGGCAGCUAUGGAUGGGAGACGAUGAAUCACGAGCUAUGUUACUUUGGGGUAGGGCAGAGGAUAUGCAGGAGAGAUUGGCGAACAGGGCCCUGGGUACAGAGCUCAGUAGACACCUGGUGACCACGUUCUUUCAAGCGGUCCACUUUUCCUUCCCGGCCAUAUCGCCCGAGUCAUUCUAUCUCGAAUGGAUGCGCGCUGGACAGCGAUCGGAUAGAAUGACCCCCGCUCAGGAAGUACUCUGCUCGGGUAUGGAAGCGUGGGGCGCGAGGUACUCUGACAACCCAAUGAUACUGGGAUUGCAACCCCACAUGGCCGGACUAGCCCCGAGAGUCAUCAUGUCAGACGGGACGCUCAAGCCAACAGGUAUCGAAAGAAGAAGUCAAUGGGGCCGCGCUCGCAUGCCCGCUUGUAGAGCUCUUAUCGAGCGUACUCGGAGAUUGGUGGAUAGCACGGGCCUCAUGCGAAAACCAAGCGUUACAGGCGUGCAAGCCCUCACUCUUUUUGUACAACUGCUAUUCACCUCGGACGAAUCAAUCGGCGAGGCUAGGCUGUUGGAAGCAAAUACUAUACAAUCCACCAUUCUCGAGCAAAUGAGGCUUCUGGGUCUCAUGUGGGGCUCGGAGCAGCCGAUUGCACAUGACCGCGCAGAGCUUCCAAUGACCUUGACCCAAAUGAGGAUGAAGCAAAGACGUCUAUUCUGGACCCAUGCUAUCGUCGACGCAUUCUGGUCUGCAUCCUCUCGCUCUGCGCCGAAAAUUCUCGAUGAAGACCUAGAAUCGGCCGGAAAGUGGGUACGGACCCUACGAAGCGCUUUGCCGCCCUCUUCAUUUGAAGCCCUUGCAUUCUUCCUAGAAUGCAACUUCCGCAUCGCCAAAGUCGUCCGUGGAGUGGCAUUGAACAUGGCCAUUCCGAGCAAAAAGAAGGGUGCAAUAGAUGUAGAGCAAUUCUGCAGGGACGCAAGAAAUGCCUGGAAAGAAGCGGACUCUAUCACUGAUGAACUCAACCGACACACGUCUCACACGCUCAAUAGCUGCUCCAAAGAUGAGAUUCUUGGUUUCUCGCCCUUGAACUUCUUUCUCAAUCUCCGUCUCUCAGUCAUUUCCCUUCUAUUUAUCGCGCAUGACCUUAUCCGCGAACAGCUCGAGUUCCGCAAAACCCUAUCUUCCGCGUAUAUCGUUGCGAGCGAGGACACAGAGUCUGUUAUGGGAGGCGAUGUGCCGGAGAUUAGGAGGAUAUGGAAGGCUGCGCAGAGCCAUCUGGAGAUGAUGCAAGCGCUAGACCGGGAGAGUGUGGAUAUGUUGCUGAGCGCCUGUAGAGGCCAGGUGCACAUGUUCAAGACGGCUAUGCACACUGGUAUCAUGCAAACGGCCACUCUCAUAUUACGAGUGCUUAUAUUCACUACCAAGUUCCUCUGUGGGGUGCCUACAAACGAGCAAGGUUAUCCGACAAGCACUCGAGGCGGACGUGACUGGACAUGGGCGCGGAAGCAGGAAGAAGUGGGACAUUGCGUGGAAGCUCUAUACCAGAUCGGAUGGGCUUGGGGUGAUGUAGGACCUGUCCUCGAUGACAUUGAACGGACCAUGGAACGACACUCGCGGACGCACGAGGAGCUGUCAAUGUUUCAAGGCAUCCUACAAACCGCACCAAAAGAGACACCAGAGGCUGAAGGGGCGAGAGAGAGGAGACAGGAACGCAAGGAGAGUGAUGAGAAGGCGAUUGAGGCUGUGAUGCGCUUCUGGCCGGCCAUAUCUGUGCCCCAAUUGAUCGAGGAGGCUCUCAGACCGAGCCAUCAUCGGUCCCCGAGCUCACAGUCUUCCAGCUCAUUCCAAGCUGGUCCCAUUGAGCUUAAUUCAGCGCAGUUCUCGGCAGUCAUGUCAUCGCAUGGCUCCCUGUCUGCGGCUUUCUCGCACGGAAACCUCGAGGUUCCAAGUGCGACGCCUCCCUUACAGCACUUGAACCCUGCCGCUGUGCGGACUACUGCGACUCCUGCUUCCGAAUCGUCUUCCCGUCAGACUAUCUCGGACAAUGGGUUCCCCUCACAGCCCGACUUUGACGAAUUCUUGAAAUUUCUCAGUGCCACUGAGGAUGGCACUGGUGACGUAUGGCAGGGGGCGCAGAAGCCGCAUACACCCAUCGUGGGCGAUCCCAACGGAAUGUUUGCUGCAAUGAUGCUUCAAUAUGCAGAAGGGUCUGACUCAAAUAAGAAUUUGGGUGGCGCCGGGCAAAUACCAGCAAAAUUGUCUUUGGAAGGUGCCAGUGAUGAUGUCAGUGUGGAGAGUAUAUUGAACGAGCUAGAGAUGGGCGGCUUGCAACAGAUGGGAGCUUCCGAUAACUGGGAAGCUUCGUUCACGGCCAAUUUUUUCGAGACCGAAACUAAGGGGAAGGGUGCGGGGCAGUAGAGUGGCGCGUCUUGUACAUGAUGCACAUGUGUGAACAGAUG